AACUAAUUCCUGAUCAUCAUGGCAUCCCAAAAACACACACUCACACACUAAACCUCAUCAAACUCCAUAUAAUCGGACCUUGUCUUCAAUUCAUUGGCCUUCCCCAAAUUUAAUGGCCGGAGGUCCUUCACUAAUGGAUUCCUUGUUCCAACGAUCCUUGGAGGAUUUAAUCAAAGGCCUCCGUCUCCACAACCUCGCUGCCGGAACACCCGAACCCUCCACUUUUGUCUCGAAAUCCAUAGAUGAGGUUCGCCGCGAGAUCAAAUCAACGGACCAACAAACCAAAACCACCGCGCUUCAAAAGCUUACCUACCUUCACUCCCUCUAUGCCAUCGACAUGUCCUGGGCCGCUUUCCAUGCAAUCGAGCUCUCCUCCUCCACCAUCUUCAAUUCAAAACGGACCGGUUAUCUUGCCGCCUCGAUUUCCUUCAACUCCUCCACGGAUGUCAUACUCCUCCUCACUCAUCAGCUCCGGAAAGACCUCAAUUCGGGCAACCCCCAUGAGGUAAGCCUCGCUCUUCAGACGCUUUCUUCGAUUUGUACUCCCGAUUUAGCACGCGAUUUGACGCCCGAAUUGUUUACUUUAUUGAAUAGCAAUAAGGGGUUUAUUAAGAAGAAAGCUAUUGCUACUGUUUUGAGGGUUUUUGAAUUGUACCCAGAUUCCGUGAGGGUGUGUUUUAAGCGAUUAGUCGAGAAUUUAGAGAAUGCUGAUGUGGGUAUUGUUUCCGCCAUCGUUGGAGUGUUUUGUGAGCUAGCUAACAAAGAACCUAGAUCGUAUUUGCCUCUAGCCCCCGAGUUUUAUAGGAUUUUGGUGGAUUCUAGGAACAAUUGGGUUUUGAUUAAGGUUUUGAAGAUCUUUGCCAAGUUGGUGCCUUUAGAGCCAAGGUUGGGGAAAAGAGUUGUGGAGCCGAUUUGUGAGCAUUUGAGGCGUACUGGGGCAAAAUCGUUGGCUUUUGAGUGUAUUAGGACGAUUGUGUGUAGUUUAACUCAGCAUGAGUUAGCCGUGAAGCUUGCAGCUGAGAAGAUUAGGGAGUUUUUGACUGAAGAUGAUCCGAAUCUUAAGUAUCUUGGAUUGCAAGCGCUUGCUGCUAUUGCACCUAAGUCCUUGAAUGCUGUUGUGGAGAAUAAGGAGGUUGUGAUUAAGUCCUUGAGUGAUGAGGAUGUCAAUAUUAAAUUUGAGGCCCUAAGGCUUGUAAUGGCUAUGGUUUCAGAGGACAAUGUAGCAGAAAUUUGUAGAGUUUUGAUUAAUUAUGCACUCAAGUCUGACCCAGAAUUUUGUAAUGAGAUCCUAGGGUCUAUCUUGUCAACUUGUUCGAGAAAUUAUUAUGAGACAAUUGUUGAUUUUGACUGGUAUGUUUCACUUCUUGGGGAAAUGGCGAGGGUUCCACAUUGCCAGAAGGGAGAGGAAAUUGAGAACCAGCUUGUAGACAUUGGCAUGAGAGUUAGGGAUGUUAGACCGGAGGUUGUUCAUGUUGGGCGUGAUUUAUUGAUUGAUCCUGCGUUGCUUGGAAAUUCUUUCAUCCACAGAAUUUUAUCUGCGGCUGCUUGGGUUUCUGGGGAGUAUGUUGAAUUCUGCAAAAAUCCAUUUGAGCUCAUGGAAGCAUUAUUGCAACCAAGAACCAAUCUUUUGCCACCUUCAGUGAGGGCUGUGUAUAUCCAGUCUGCAUUUAAGGUAUUGACAUUCUCUGCGUAUUUUUAUUUCUAUCCAGAAGAAGCUCUUGCUGCAUCUAUCUCAGAAGUGGGAGAGUCUGUACACAAUGGUUGGUGUGAACAAAGUUCUGAUUCUGUUAGUGGUCAAACUGUUACUUUUAGUGAACCAGAUGAGGGGUUUAAUCCAAGAAUGCUGCAUCAACCGCAAAAAGAUGCUUCUGGAAAUGAUGGGAAGAAAAUGAUUAGCGAUCUUGAGCAGGUGUCUUCCUGUUCUGUGAAGAUGGGUCAUUUCACCAAAGAUUGUUUGGUUGGGAUGGUAAAUCUUGUCGAAUCAACACUGAGACCAAUGGCAGGUAGUCAUGAAGUGGAGAUACAGGAUAGGGUGAAGAAUGUCCUUGGUUUGAUUGAGUUGAUUCGACAAGAAAUACAUGGUUGCUUGGUCCCAAAGGAAGAAGAAAAUGAUAGGGGAGAACUAAAAGCCUGUGAAAUUGUCAGAGUGAUGCACAAUGCCUUAUCUGAAGAGCUUGGGCCAGUUUCGUUGAGUGCUCAAGGCAGGGUGCCUCUUCCUGAUGGUUUGGAGCUUAAGGAGAAUCUCAGCGACUUAGAAGCAAUAUGUGGUGAUUUUAGAAUACCUGUUUUGAGUUCAUUUUCCCUUGAAAAACCUCGAUCCCUGGAAAAGGAUGUGGUUACGGUUUCUGACCAACAAAAUGAGGAAGAGUGCGAACCGUCAAGUGAGUCAACAUCUCUACUCACGGAGCAUCGCAAACGGCAUGGGAUAUAUUAUCUUCCUUCAGAGAAAAAGGAAAAAGUUCCAAAUGAUUAUCCACCUGCUAAUGACCUCAGUAUGCAAGAUAAAGUAAACGAUGAGGCAGAUUAUCUGGUUAAACUUACAGAGAAAUCACUUGUCCCUAAGAAAAAGCCAAUAGCAAAACCUAGGCCUGUGGUUGUAAAAUUGGAUGAUGGAGAUAGAAUACACAUCAAUGAGAAGCUAACUGAGCUGAAAGAGGAUUUAAUCUCAGAUGCUGUGCAAGAGGUACUUCUAGGCAAUCAAGCUGUGGCAUCAUCAUCACGGACUGACAAGUCUGACAAAUCGUCAAAUAGGCGAAGUAGGAAGGAGGCCUUUAGGCCUUUGGAAUCAAAUGCUGAUUCAACAACUGUGGAGAUUGCUGAGCUUGGAAACAAGAAUUCUAGAAGGAUCAAACACCGUACUCAUGGUAAAGAGAGAAGCCAUAGAAGUUCAAAAAAGGCAACUGGUGAAUCUGAUCGAUCAGAUAGGCCUAGUAGUAGUCAUCCCCAUGGCAAGCACAAGUCACGGCGAAGAGCGGAUGGAAUGGAGAAUGUGGCAGCAGAAUCUCCGGUGAUUCCUGAUUUUCUUCUAUAGCAUUAGAGGACUGGGGUAUUUUAUCUUACCCAGAGAUUGACUAUCCUUGUAUUAAACUUCUCUUUGUCUGAGGUCAGUUUUCUUGUAAAUUGUAUAGAAAUUUUUUCCCUAAAAGAAAUUGUGGUUUGUUUCAAAAUUUUCAUUUCUUUUGUUGAUUUUUUGUGUACGAUAGAAUUCAUUCAAUACAGAAUGAUUUUGGUUUGAGCA